AUGGCUCACAACUUACUCAACACCAGAGAACUCAUACUGGAUAUCAAAGAAUUCAUACUGGUGAGAAACCUUAUGAAUGUAGACAAUGUGGGAAGGCUUUUAGUUGGAUCUCAUACUUUUCUCAACAUCAAAGAAUUCAUACUGAGAAUUCAUACUGGUGAAAAACCCUAUGAAUAUAAAGAGUGUGGAAAGGCCUUUACUAGGAGCCCAAGCCUUAUUCAACAAAAGAGAAUUCAUACUGGUGAGAAACCCUAUGAAUGUAAGGAUUGUGGAAAGACCUUUAGUUGUAGCUCACAUCUUUCUCAACAUCAGAGAUUUCACACUGGUAAGAAGCCCUCUGAAUGUAAAGAAUGUGGGAAGGCCUUUAAUUAUCGCUCAAACGUCACUGAACAUAAGAAAAUGCAUACAGGUAAGAAACCCUAUAGAUGCAAGAAUUGUGGCAAGGCCUUCACUGGGAGUUCAAGCUUUAUUCAACAUCAGAGAAUUCAUAAUGCUAAUUAA